AUGAAGCCGAGCAAGAACCAAUUAAGACGGGCGCGAAAAAAGGCAUUGAAAUUCCAGGGUAAUGAACCGGCCCACGACUCAUCCGAUACACACCAUGAGACAAAAUCAUCACUCGCUCUAGAGAUCAAUAAUGUUGAUUCAGAACCCAUGAUCUCGCAUGACGCCAACGACCCGCUAUGGCAAAUGUACAAGGACAUCGCCAUCAAGUUUGAUGAGGUCGAAGACCUUAAGGCAACCGAGACCGAAACCCAGAAACCGGAGGUCUACUAUGAUGAUGAUGCCGAUAUCCCAGAAGAAGGGGAGGACAAAGUCCCCGCGUUAUCGAAGCGGAAGCGAAAAGAAUUAAAUAAACUGUCUGUUGCCGAGCUGAAGGCAAUUGUCAGAAAACCGGAGUUAGUGGAGUGGACAGAUACCUCAGCGCCGGAUCCCCGGCUUCUGGUUCAUUUAAAGGCACAUCGAAAUGUUGUCCCAGUGCCAUCUCACUGGUCCCUAAAGCGAGAAUACCUGUCGUCGAAGAGAGGAAUCGAGAAACCACCGUUUUCCUUACCUAAGUUCAUACAGGAAACGGGGAUUUCAGAAAUGCGCGAUGCUGCACUCGAAAAACAAGACCAGGCGACACUCAAACAGAAACAGAGGGAGAGGGUGCAGCCAAAAAUGGGUCGACUUGAUAUCGACUAUCAGAAGCUCUAUGAGGCCUUUUUCCGCUUCCAGACCAAGCCGGAACUUACCCGAUAUGGUGAGGUUUACUACGAAGGAAAGGAGUUUGAGACUAACCAGCGCCACCUGCGUCCCGGGGAGCUCAGCCCAGAACUGAAAGAGGCCUUAAAUAUGCCCCCUGGCGCGCCCCCACCCUGGUUGAUAAACCAACAGCGUUAUGGGCCCCCUCCUUCCUACCCGGCGUUGAAGAUCCCAGGUCUCAAUGCACCGCCGCCCCCGGGUGCUAUGUGGGGUUACCAUCCUGGAGGCUAUGGCAAACCUCCUGUCGAUGAACACAAUAGACCCCUAUAUGGAGGUGAUAUUUUUGGGGUCCUACAACCUCAACAAACCAUGCAGCAGGGCGAACCUGUUGAACGGGACCUCUGGGGAGAGUUACAGGAACCGGAAUUAUCUGAAGAGGAGAGUGAGGAGGAGGAAGAAGAGAUGGAUGACGAGGAUGUAGACACUGGUCUACAAACCCCCAGCGGGCUUGAAAGCCCAAGUGGCUUACUAUCAGCUGUUCCAUCAGAGCUGGGUGAUGUAGAAAAUGCCUCUGGAGAGUUUGAUGUGCGGAAGCAUUACCAUGGUAUACAGACCGAGGAGUCUGUCGGGCAUCGAAGCGCCUUUCAUGUCAUCCCUGAAAGACAAACAAAGGUGCAAGGCUUUUUCGGUGGUGACCGGGCGUACGAUCUUCGGCCCGCGGACAAUUUGCCGGUACUGGGCGCUGAAGACCACAAUCGGAAGCGUAAGAAGCCAGGGGAUGUCGACGUGUCCGUGGAUCCAGAUGAGAUGCAAGGAAAUAACGGAAUCGACAAAGAUAGCCUGCAAAGUCUAUACGAAAACCAGAGACAGCGUGAAAAUAACCCAAGUUGGGGCUUCCAAGAGGACUUGAGCGACAUGAUUGCCCACGAAAGCAGGAAGAAACUGAAACCCGAGAAAAGAACCAAACACUAG